AUGGAGGGAAGCAGAUCAGAAAUUUUUGCAUUAGAAGCGAGUGAGGAAAAAAGUUAUACUUCUGUCAGAUUCUCUCAGACUCCUCCACCAUGGGCCAAAGCUGGAUGGGAAAGGAGAGCUCCCCGUCUGUGGCCAGCAGUUGUGCUGGGGUUGGCUAUAGGUUUUGGGAUACUGAGAAUCGUCCUAGGGAUUGCUUUGAUUUGGAAGAUUAAUGACUGUCACCCACUCUGCCCUGAGCAGUGGGUGGCCUACAGAGGAAGCUGCUACUUCUUCUCCAAGGAGAGGAAGGACUGGCGCUCCAGCCAGGACUCCUGCCAGGCACAGGGAGCUCAUCUCCUGGUGAUCAGUGGUACCAGUGAAAUGGACUCGUUCAAGAGUAUUCAAACAGAAUAUUUCUGGAUUGGGCUGAGGAACAGCACAGGCUCUGGCUGGAUUUGGGAAGAUGGCUCUAUUUCCAGUGGCACCAAAAUCCUCUCUAACAGCCCUGUGCCAUGUGUUGUCCUGAUGAAAGAUCACUUUCAGGCCUCCAGCUGUGAAAUUUCUGCUCCAUGGAUCUACAGGUUGGAGAAAUGGGCUGACAGGAACCUCGUGAAGAUCAACAAGGAGAAGGUCAAAGUCCUGCACCCAGGGAGGAACGACCCCAUGCACCAGCAUGUGCUGGGGGUCACCCAGCUGGGAAGGAGCUUUGCAGAAAAGGACCUGAUGGUCCUGGUGAACACCAAGUUGAACAUGAGCUAG